CAACAAGAUCCUUCCAACGUUAAAUGCUAUAAAUUAUGCUGCAAACAGAUACUAUCUCAAGAUCAGUCCCAGUUGUAUAAAUCAUAUUGCAUCAUUCACCCUUCAUACAGUACUCUGAUCAUCAAGGUUUUCUGAGGCUUUGAGGUUUGACAUACAGGAGGUAAAGAGAAGGAAAUUAAGCAAUAUGGUACAAACAAAAAAGUUCAGAGGUGUCAGACAGCGCCACUGGGGUUCUUGGGUGUCAGAGAUUCGCCACCCUUUGCUGAAGAGGAGGGUGUGGCUGGGGACGUUCGAGACGGCGGAGGAGGCGGCGAGGGCGUACGACGAGGCGGCGGUGCUGAUGAGCGGAAGAAAUGCCAAGACAAACUUCCCGGUUCCGCCGAAUCAAGACAACGGCGUCAACGACAUCUCCCCGUCGUCAUCGUCGUCGUCUUCUUCAACUACUUCGAAAGCCAGUUCUCUCUCAUCCAUUCUCAGCGCAAAGCUCCGGAAAUGCUGCAAAACACCGUCGCCUUCUCUCACUUGCCUGAGGCUGGACACGGAGAACUCCCACAUCGGCGUGUGGCAGAAACGGGCAGGGUCCCGCUCCGACUCCAACUGGGUCAUGACGGUUGAGCUCGGGAAGAAGAAGAACAACGAUCAGAACCCGGCGGUGGCGGCGGCGGAGCAUGGCAGGGCAGGUGUGAGGGAUGGGAUAGAUGAAGAGGAGAGGAUUGCGUUGCAAAUGAUUGAAGAACUUCUCAACAGGAAUUAAUUCAAUCUCAACGUACAUGUAUUAUUAAUUAGGGUUUAAUUCAAUUUACCCCCUCUCAUUCGUGAA